AUGGCAUCCACGCCCAACCUCGAGCACCUCUCCGUCCUCCUCAGUCAUUCUCCCGAAGACCGGCCCACUCUCGAUGAUGCCACACAUCAAAACACUCGUCGUUCCUUGGGCGCGCUCACCGGCUGUCCGCGCCUACGCACCCUCGCCAUCAUCUACGGCGAGCCCGAGUCCCCUUCCAUACGCUCCUGGUGUCACAGGACCCUCACCGACGCGCUCCCCGUCCUCCUCGCCGACCACUUCUCCAGCACGCCUGCCCCUCAUCCCGCCCUCGAGACUCUCAAGCUCAAGACCACGUACUGCGCCAUCGACCUCGACCUGCCGCGCCAGGUGUCGAAGCGCAUCUUGGCGCCGUCUGCGACCCGGGGCACGGACGCGGACGUCGAUGCGGAGUUCAUGUUCGGAGAACCUCCCCGGAACGGAGCGAUCGACGAAGAAGGCGAGGUGGUGGGAGGCUGGUGGACCCGUCGGAUCAGCAGAGGGGAUCGUCGGGAAGAGGCGACGAAGGCGAGGGCGAGAGUACCUGAAACAGGAUUCUGCGGCUCGGACGAGUAA